AUGUCAUUAUGUCGUCCACCUCCAACAGUUUCAUGGUUUUUUAAUGAUCGUCUUGUAGAAGGGCGACUUAUGGAAAAACAUGAUAAUGUAAUAGUCAAUCGAUUAGAAGUACCUCAUGUUACACGUCAACAUUUAAAUUCAACAUUCAAAUGUCAAGCAAGUAAUACGAAAUUGAAAUUGCCAUUUGAAAAAACUGUACGACUGGAAUUAUUAUUACGCCCUCUAAGUGUUCAAUUACUGAACAAACCACAACGUUUGGAAGCUGACAAAGAGUAUACAAUCACAUGUGAGGCAGUUGGAUCAAGACCGAAGGCGCAAAUUUCUUGGUUUCGAGAUAAUCGAAAAUUUCGACGUGGCAAGAUUGUUGAAGGUGGUAAUGAAACUGUGGUAACAAGUUCAGUAACCUUUGCACCCGUACCAGAGGAUGAUAAUACUGUUCUAAAAUGUACCGCCGAAAAUCCUGAAUUACGUGGUAGUGGUAUGGAGGAUAAAUUAACAUUAAAUGUUGUCUAUCCUCCACAGGUGGCUUUACAUUUAGGCAGUACUUUGGAUCCAGAAGCAAUUAAAGAAGGUGAUGAUGUAUAUUUCGAAUGCAGUAUUAAAUCAAACCCGAAAGAACAUAAAAUUACAUGGUUUCAUAAUGGUAUAAUGGUAACACAAAAUAUGUCCUUGGGUGUAAUCAUCAGUACACAUUCAUUGGUGCUACAAAAAGUGACACGUCAUCAUAGUGGAGCAUACACCUGUCUAGCAGUAAAUGAUCGUGGUGAAACACUUUCAAUGCCAAUUUUCCUACGUGUUCGAUUUGCUCCAGUGUGCGUCGAUAGUGAAAUAAAUGUUAUUGGAGCAUCACUUGAUGAAGUAUUACGUGUCCGUUGUCAUGUGACUGCAGAUCCAAGUGAUGUGACAUUUUUAUGGCAAUUUAAUAACAGUGGAGAAAGUUUUGAUGUAUCACCAGCACGAUUUGCCACCGCUAAUGGUAGUUUCAGCGAAUUAAAGUAUACCCCAGCAUCCGAACGUGAUUAUGGUACUUUAACAUGUUGGGGGCGUAAUGCCAUUGGUGGCCAAACACAUCCGUGUGUUUUUCAAGUUGUACCCGCAUCAAAACCAAGUCCAUUACGUAAUUGCACAUUACGUACAGCAACAAAUCAAAGUGAUGCACUCGAAGUAGAAUGCGUGGCCGGCUAUGAUGGUGGUUUACCACAAACAUUUGUACUUGAAGCAUAUGAAUCGCGUACAAAAAAAUCACGUCUAAAUUUAACAAGUUUAAAUGCUGAAGUACCGAUAUUUCACAUUGAUAUGAAUGAUUUAUUGCAAGUAUCAUCUCCAUCGGCAUCUUCAUCUCAACACGGUGGUGGUGGAGGUGGUGGAAGCAGUAUUACGGAUUCAAUGAUGCAACCACCAACAUUACAUUUUGUAUUGUAUGCACAAAAUCCAAAAGGGAAAAGCGAAAAAUUUGUGUUGGAUGAUAUAUCGUUAAAUGAUGCUGAAAAACGUACAGACGGUAGUACAAACUUUAGUAUUGUACCAAUAGCAGCAUUAUUAACGGGUGUUUUAUUAACACUUGGUAUUGCUGUAUUAUUAAUCGUGGUGUUAGCUGUGCGACGGAAACGUGCAGCAAUGCUACGUCCGAAUUCACUAACACAUUGCACACAUCAAAUUGAUAUGGAUCCAAUAAAACAACAAAAAAUGUCACCGUUACAGCCAUCCAGAAAUAAUUCAAUGUUGGAAAUAAAUACAGGUGAUCAUCGUUAUGUUGUUGCAUAUACAUUAAAACCAAUCGAUAUAAAUAAUACAAAUAAUGUAAAUCAUCAUCAAUUAAUGAUAAACUCAUCAACAAUAAAACAAUCACCAUCCACAUUAUUAUUCAAUAAUAUUGAACAAUAUCCAAAUAUACAAAGUCCUGUAUCAAUGGCAUAUGCGAAUGCCGUAUUAACUGGUGGUACAGUUGCUAUAGAUGAUUUAGGUGGUGCUACAGAUGGUAGUGGACUUAUUAGUGGUGGGGGUGGUGGUGGUAUUCUCAAUAAACCACAUCAUUUACAUAAUCAUCAUACAAUUGGUGUUGUUACAAGUGGUGGAUUCUCAACACAUCAACCGGAUAUUUUAAAUGCACCACCGUCUGUUAAUCGCAAUGCCUUAAACGCAAAUUCACCACCAACGCCCGCACCAUUACCACGUCCUGAUGCACUAUUUGGUAGUAGUAUUGGUGGUGCAACACCACCUCAAUCGCUAGACGUAAGACCUGGCUAUCUGCAACAACUUCAACAACAACAACAACAACAACAAACCUCAUCAUUCUCAUCACCGCCAUCUUCAUUUGGAAGAUCGAGUGGUGGUGUUACUAAUACAGUAGUUACAACUACAACUACCACCACAUCAGGUGAACAAAUAAGUACGGGAAACGACAUAGCCCCUGGAGGUGACCGCAUUAGACAGCAUAUUCCUACAACGCUCGCGUCAAACUUUAUAAUUCAAACACCGGACUCAUCAAUGCCUAGUCCACAGACAAUGGUAAAUGCAUGUUCAACCUUAGGUCGGGUACGCAGUAGGACAACAAGAAAUCCACCACAAUCACAACAACCAUACUCAAAUUUUGGUACAUUACGUCGUGAUCACAUUAUCACCGAUACAAUACCUGGUCCAGAAAGUUGUGUAUAA